GUCCAAUGUCGGCGAACAUCAACCAAUCACAGCCCUCGGGGCGUGGCUACAACCCUUCACAUCGCUCAUCUCAGACGUUCUGUCGUUACCAGUCGCGGUAUAAUACACAAGUGAAUGAUCUGUUUUGUGGAAGUAAGGUAAAUGAUAUGCUACCCUAGAUUCACUUAUGUUGCAAGCAGGCUCGAGACAAGAGCUAAUGUGGAAAUACUUCAUUUAUAGGUCUUCCACUACAAUGGAGUUGUAACAGGUUUAUUAUGUGAGCUCGAGUGUUCGGCCUAUUGAUCAUUGUAUAUUGGACAUUGUAACCCAUUUUAUUAUUUCGAUUUUGGACUAUUACUCUUCAAGUUGUCACUGAUCUACCGUCAGAUGGCGGCACACAGAAGCAGAGAGGUUCUUCUUGCCGUUCUUCUGGUCUUGGCAUGGGACAUCGUCAACGGCCAAAGACCCUGCACGGCUUCCUGCGUCUUCACCAGGGAAACUGGAAAGACCGACUGCGAGAGUCGACAGCUGACAUGCAUCCCCCUGAACUAUCCCGGCAGCGUGGUCCUCAUGCUGGCACAGAACUCACUGCAGAUGGUGCCCAGACAGAGCUUUGCCAAUUAUAGAAUGCUGAAACAGCUGGACCUGUCCAACAACGCCAUAUACAGCAUAGAGGAUAAUGCCUUUAAUGGUCUUGGUGGCGUCUCAACGCUGAAUUUAGCGAACAACCGCAUCACGCAGUUGACCGCGAACACCUUCCGUGGGUUGCGUGCGGUCCAGACGCUGCAUCUUCAAGGGAACGCCAUCAAUGCCGUUGCUGCCGGGACAUUUCGCGAAAUGACAAAUAUCAUCGAGCUAAAUCUAUCAGGGAAUAGAUUGUCGAUACUACCCCAUGGCCUCUUCUCGCAAAUGCUUUCCCUGAGACGUCUGUUCCUGCAAGAGAAUCAACUGACUACGGACCCUAACAUGCCAUUCCUUGAUGGCCUGUCAAACCUGGUUGAGCUUGAUUUAGAUGGAAACAGGUUUACCAAUAUUCCCAGCAUGAAUGGUCUGAUGCGACUUACUGACCUGGAUAUCACAGACACGCACAUAAAGUACAUCGGCAACAAUUCCUUUUCAGAUCUUAGCAGUGUCAGGGACAUCAUCCUGAACAAUAACAUGAUAUCAGUGAUAGAACCAGGAGCGUUUAGCGGACUCGGUGUACUUUCAGAACUAGAUAUUUCCUUCAAUGUAAUAUCAGAAUUAGACGCUGGGGUUUUCCAGCCCCUGUACAACGUCGAACGUCUACAGCUGCAGAACAACCAACUUCGAAGACUGACGACGCAGCAUUUUGCAUCCAUGACGAGAUUGACAUCAUUGAACCUUGAAGGAAACCAGAUAACCGUGUUUCCGCCCAUGCCAAAUCUUCGUAUGCUAAACACUCUCAAUCUCCGUUCAAACCAAUUGGAUACCUUUGCACCGCAGACAAUGCAGUCAAUGCCUAUGCUAAAACGAAUUCUGUUAGUUGGAAACCCUAUUCAGUGUGACUGUAGGGUCCUAAGACUACGCGAGUAUUUUCUUUUGCCGUCUCAUGCAACUCCGUACCAUCCGAACGAAAUUCCUACAUGUAAUGCGAUGCAGCCACGUCACUUGCGUGGUACUCGUUUAACGGCUGUUCAGACUUCUGACCUUCAAUGUCAUGCUCCUGUGUUGCGUCCAUUUUCGCGAAUGAUCUCUACGAGAUCGGGUGGAAACGCAACACUCGCUUGUGCUAGCUCCGGAUUCCCAGUGCCCAAAGUUACGUGGGUAGCGCCGAACGGUUUGCGAUUAAGACCGGCUGGUAAUCAACAUCAAAACCGAAGGAUAAGGGUAACUGAGGACGGGAUGAUGUUGAUAGCUUACGCCACGCAGGCUGAUCAAGGUCAGUACUCUUGUAUCAUGGGUAACCCUGCAGGACAGGUGCAAGGUGCUGUCCGUUUGCUAGUGCAGCCCUCUCCAGCUGCACCCCCCGAACCCCCUGUUACCAACUCAACAAUGUCGAAGGUAAAUCCUCCGAGAAAGCCCUCUACACACAAUCCCAUGUCUCCGCCUAUCACCACGAAUACCCAAGAAAUCCCAAUAAAUGGAGACCCGUACGUAUCUACAACGAUCCCAGACUCUACAGUUAAUGGACAAACGUGGCCUGGGGUUCACAACAGUGGCGGGCAUUUUCCACACCAAAAUCCGCACUUUAAUCACACAAGCACCCAGCUUAACCCAACGAUAGUCAUUGGAGGUGAUGUGGACAAACCAGUCGAUGAGUCCCCGGACUCGACAACUCCUCGUUGUUCCAACAAUAUGGGGUCGAGGGAUGUAGUCGCUGCCGUAUUACUGACAUUCCUGUUUACAGCGUCAUUAAUUGCUAUCAUUUUCUUCCUUUGGUACAGAAGAUGGCUUCCGCGUGUACUUUUGUCUGGAAAACGAAGAGCUAUUCUCACUUUAUCGGGAAGAAGGCGUAUGUCGUCGAAAGUACCGCGACCCACCCAGAUACCACAUGCACGGCGUCUCCGUAGCUACGAGCGCGUUGAUGAAAGUCGCGGUGCCUCCAGUUACUUCAGCGACAGCGAAGAUACACUCAGUACAUCGAGUAGUUAUGAUAGUGCUAGGUAUGUGAUUACUGACAAUAGUGUUGCCGACCCGGACAGCAUUAGGAUUCGACAGAUUAAAUUGGCUGCUGUUAGUGCAAAAGCCCCGCAGGUACCUCGUUCACCUCCCAAGGAAUCAUCUAAAACCAAGGGUGGCAAAGAUGAGGCGCCCCCUACGGUAGCUCGUUCACCCGCGUCGAAAAACUCAUCGGUGUCGACGUCCGCGGUAAAAUUACCUGGACCUUUAGCAGCACUAAAGAACAAAGCAAUGGGAAGAAAAACUCACAUAUAUCAAAAUGCGGAUAUGGUUGUCCAUGAUCCAAACUAUUCGGCCUUAUGGCCAGGACCAAAACAAGACCAGUACCAGUACCCAAGGAAGCACAGUGGUGAAAGCAGAAUUUACAUUGAUUUGAGCUGACCCAUUCGUGAGAUUGAUAAAUCAUAAAUGGACUAAAGAGUAUUUAUAAAUUAAAUGACUGUUGUGAUUCGUGCAUUGAUGAUGUUGAUGUUACAUUUUCGAUUUAAGACACAAGUCUGCAAUACUAGUAUGCAAUACUUGUGUGUAGAAUGAUUUGGUGACGAAAUGAAUGGUUUGCGUUUUUUCUUAUUCCUUUAUACCAAGUUCCCACUGUGGCGAAUGGCGUAACAACCGAAUUGUGGUCUAAAUUGUCAAGUUAUCGUAUUGAUCGUGUCAGAUCUUGAGGUCAGUUGUUUUGAGUGCAGAAAUUGUUGCCAACGAAUCAAACAGCAGUGGGAACGAGGUAUUAAUUCUUAUGAAACAAAAAACCUCUUUAUUAAUCUUCUUUUCGAAAAUAACAUUCCAGUGGACAUUUAAAGAGAUUUUAAGGUGGAGUCGAGAAAUUUAUCUAUUUUUGAAUUUAUGUUGCUUUUGGAAUGCAUUACAAAGAUUCCUAAAGAUUCACACCCCUCGUAUUUAGCAUAUCAAUGAAGAAUAAUACAAUAGAAUUUCUAUGUUCAUCAAUUUAUUGACAAAUUAACUACUGAAUUCUGUCAUUCCAGUUGACUUUGUACACGGAUCAUCUGGUUCCAGUAGCCAAUUGGGUUAAUAAAAACUCGUAUUAGUAAGUUUUUAAAUUAUAGAGGGCGAACAUGGUACUGAUCUAGGGCAUUUAUGACAUUUUUUUUUAUUUUAAGGAAUACAAAGGGCAUUGUUGAGUGUUGUAAAAUAAAAUUAUUGACUGAGAUUUGUUCAGUAGCGAUGUAUUUAUAUGUGUCUUUGCAAAUUUAAAGAUGAAUGUACUUGACUUUUACGUUGUGAAGAAAGAUACCCAAAAGUGUGUAGAACCUAGACAUUGAACUACGCAUAAUUUUACUGCUUGUAAAUGUAACACAGCAAUUCACUUUGCUGUAAACUGUAAAUUACUUUUUUGUACACUUGUGUAAAUGUCUAUAAAUAGCCUCCCAGUUUCAUAUUUGAAACUGGACAAUAAAUUGUUAUUCAUAUCAAAUUUAUGAGAUGUAUGUUUCCAUUCAUUUCUCGACC